UCCUGCCUGUCUCUGGGUUGCGCUCGGCUGCAGCUUUCCGUCCUGGACUGGAACCAACCCGCCAUCUCCUUUUACCGCUCCCGCGGGGCCCGGGACCUGUGUGAGGAGGAGGGCUGGCGGCUCUUCCGCUUCCUCCCCGAGGAUCUACGACGGAUCAUUUCUGGUAAAUCCAGCUGAUCUCCAGAGUCGUCUCCAUGUAGGAUCCAUGAUAGCAGAGACAAGGACUGUAGAGGGUUAACAGGAGCUCCGCCCCCUGGACACCAUGUGUAAGGAUCGGUCUGAAAUGUGGACAAGAGGCGUUCAAGCUUAUAUAUCAUAUGAAGAACGUUAUAUAGGAACGAAACGUUAAAUAGGAUCCGGAGGAACAAAACCCCAUUAAAUAUCCUGC